AUGAUCGAUUCUUUUUUAGUUCUUCGUCAACUUAUUCAAAAAUUAUUUAGUUACAAGCAUCAAUUAAAGAUUCAACCAAAACAAGUUAAAAAAUUAGCUGACUAUGAAUUAACAAGUGAUGACUGGAAUGUAUUGUUAGUAUUGCACUCGAUUCUUAAACCAUUUUAUCACGCCACCAAGGUAAUGUCCGGUGGUCAAUAUCCAUCGAUUGGAUUGGCUUUUUAUUUACUUACACGUCUGAAGAAUUUCUUACAACAUAAUGACAGAAAAGAAAGUUCAAUGGAGAAACGAUUAAAGCAAUUAUUAUUGAAACAAUUUUUUGCAUUACUUUGA